AUGUCAAGGCGUAACUAAAAAAAGCCAUAGGCUCCUAUAGGCAAUGAAACAAAUCUUGAUUUUGUAUUACAAAAUCUAGAAGUUUACAAAAGCCAGAUUGAGCAUUAUAAGACCUAGUAGUAAUAGAUCAAAGAGGAGGAUCUCAAGCUUUUAAAGUUCAAAAAUUAAGAUUAGGAUGGAAACUCUGGCAACGAUGAUGAUGAUGAAGAAAACAACUCAAAUAAAUAAUAAGAAUUAUUAAGGAGAGUCAAUUAGAUUAAGUAGCAAGUUUAAUUGAUAAAAAAAGUUGGUUCUAAGGUAGAGAAAGAUUUGAAUUUGAACGAAGAUGAAAACAAAAAGAAUGGACUUUCUGAAUAGCAAGUGAAAGAAGAGUAAUUAAGAACGAUUACUGAAGAAUAGGUUAAGUAUUAAAAUUUAGUAUUUAACAUGGACUACCAGUUAGAUUUAAAUGAGAGUGGUGGCCAUAGAAGACACAGAAGAGAAACAGAUUAUGAUACUGAAAAAUGGUUUGAAAUAUCUCAUGACCAAAAAAAUUAUGUAUCAAUUUACGCCAACUAAAAGACAUCAUAUUGUUGGUGGCUUAAAGAUUAUUUUAAUAAAAACAAUUAUGAUCAUCUUAAUGUAAGCAUUAACAGACUAGAAACUGAAGCCGAAUUCUAUGCCUUUGAUGAUUUUUCACAAACAAUCAAACUUACUAAUAAUUCUUACUAGACUGUUAACAUAGACGUUAAUUUUGAUAAUAAUCUCUGUAUACUCGCAUUGCUUAGAUUUUUAUUAUCACUAGAAAGAUUCAAUAUUUUGAAUAUAAGAUCUUCUUAUACAAGAAAUUAAUAUAAUUUUGAGAAAAUUGGUGAGCUACUUGAAACUAUCUUCGCAGUUGUCUUUUCUCAUCGCCACUUACAAGGCAUUCAUUUACAAGUUCCUUGCGAAGCGUUCUAAUAUUUAGUUAACUCCUCAUCAUAAAUUAGCGUUAAAGAUAGCUAAUUAUAGGUAUACUCUUUCUCUACAGACUUAAAAUUAGUUGACACUAACAAAGUCCAAGAUUAUUUUAAGUUCUUAUAAGAAUUCCCUCGUUUGACUCAUGUAAGCUAGUAGGCUAUCCCAGUUAGUGCUACUAACGCUGUAGAGAACCUCAAUGUUUUACUUAAAAAGGUCAAGCAUGCUAAUCUUAAUUUAGUUUCUAUCCCUACCUAAUUCAAUUUUGAUUUCUACUUUGUUAAUUUAUAACAUUUGAAAUUAGAGUUUGGAUUAGAACCAAAUAUUUUGACAAAACAAAAGCUUGAAAAUCUACUUUUGAGUAUAAAAUAAUCAAAAAAUCUUAAAUUUUUAAGAUUAAACUUUUACACCUACGUUGCUUAAGAAACCUCCAGAAAACAGAUAUUAAAACAAGCUACAACAAUCAAAAAUCUCAAAAACAAUAAAAAUCAAGAAGAAACUCCUGAAACUAAAGAUGAAACUCCAAGCGAAAGCACAAGUGGUAUGAAAUUUUUUGAUCAUCUUUCUGAAUUAACCGAGCUUGAAGAUUUCAGCGUUAACUUGUAAGCUACCCAAGAAAUUUAUGAUAGCUUGCACAAACUUUUGAUUAGAUCAACAAAUUUAAAGAAGUUCAAAUUAAGUUACAAAUAUGAAAUGGAAAAGAGUAAAAUGGAUACAUUCAUAGAUCUUAAGAAUAUUUAUGAAACCUUAAACAAUCUUAAAAGAUGCUCUGUUAAUAUAUCAAAUCCUCAUGGAAACAUUUCUUAUGAACUGACAAAUAAAGAUUCUACUUUUUAUAAAUUUAAGCUGACCUUAAACUAAGAAUUAUAACACGCUAAGUAUACUUUUAAGUAGAACGAAUUUUAAUUUAAUAACGUUAAAAGUGCAAAAAUUGAAUCUUCCUCAUUAGAAAGCUUAGAAGAUAUUGAUAGUCUUUGCAAAUCUAUUGCUUCUUGUAAAAAUUUACAAAAUGUUAAUAUUAUCGCCAGUUUGCUCUAUCCCAACAAUAUUUAGAAAAAUCCUUUCAAUAAGCCCAAUCUUCUAUUUUUCAAGCAAUUUGAAUAAUUGAAAAAUUUGGAAAAUGUAUCUAUCAACUGUAUUCUUGAUCAGCAUAUACUUAAUUCUAUUUCAGAAUUCUUAGAAAAGAAUAAAAAAAUAAAAGCAUUCAUUUUGAAAAGAUAUUAUUUAUUACAAUAUUAUCUUGAUUAUACUAAAUUAUUUAAAACACUUCAAUAGUUACCUGAAUUAAAUUAAGUUUACAUUAAUUAGCAAUUAGAAGAAUUGACUGUGAGUGAAGUACAUAAGUAAGUAUGGGAAAACCACAAGCAAAAAGCUUUCUAUGAACCAUUAUGUGAGUUUAUCAAAGAAUCAUCCUAAACCCUUUAGCUAAUAGAUUUUGACCAAAACACUGUAAGUGAUGACUCUAUUAAAAAGAUUUUAGAAUCUAUAUCUGAGUCUAAGUAUCAUCAUUAUUUGAGAUUGAACCCUAGUUAAUCUAGCAGUUUAAUUAAAUCUGAAAACGAAGAAAUUUAAGAACUUCUCAAAGCUUGCGACGAAAAAGGUGUUUUAGUAAAAGCAUACUAUAAAUUCCCUCUAUGUUUACCAACUGGUACUUAUUACGAUUACAAUUCAGAUAGAUGGUGA